AUGUUUAGAGUGGCUGAGAAACGCCCACCGCAGGCGGUUUCAAUGUUCUUCACGGUUGCAGCGGCCAGUCCCCUGUUACUUCUCUUGAUCAUCUGGAUGAAGAUAGGAUUGCCUUUCAACUACUUCAAUAUUUAUUCCGUUCCAUUCCAUUUGGGUUAUGCCGGUAUUCUCGCACUCUACACUUGGUUCUGGCUGUGUGGAAACAUGUUCUCCACUUGUGUGUGGUUGGUUUACAUCGGCGGAUUUACGUUCAUUGCUGGUAAUAGAAUGUUGAGAAACAUUGCCACCGACAAGAAAUAA